AUUUCCUGUUGUGCUCACUGUAUGUGACCCCCAGCUACAAGAGAGACAAGCCAGCUCUUCUACUCCUAAUUUCUCAAACCGUCUAGGGUCAUCGCCCUAUCUAUGUGUGAUCCCUGAUGGGCAGCUGGUCUCGCGGUGCUGUGCUGGAGCUGUACAGGGCGCUGCUCCGUGCAGGGCGUCACCUUCAGUACACCGACCGAAACUACUACCGCCGGGCCGUGACCCGUGAGUUUCGGCGUUGCCAGGCCCUGACUGUACCCGAGGAUAAGGAGGAAGCGCUGAAGAGGGGCCAGUUUUUUCUCAGCAGCAGGCUGGGUGGGCUUAUGUAGGGUUGGGGAAGGACCGUCUGGAGCUGCAUCAGGGAGGUCGUCAUCUUUCAGCAGUAAGAUGGCUGGGGUAAAUGGAGACCGUAAGGGGAAAAAGGACGACAACGGGAUCGGAACCGCUAUCGACUUCAUGCUUUCCAAUGCCAAGCUAGUGCUGGGGGUGGGCGGGGCAGCCAUGCUUGGUAUUGCAACACUAGCUGUCAAAAGAAUGUAUGAUCGCACGAUAAGUGCUCCCACCAGCCCCACUAAGAUGCAGCAGGCAGGAAAGAGAAGCUGGGAGGAGCCUGCGUGGGUGGGGUCAUCACCGCGGGUACUAAACCAUGACAUGAAGUCCACAGUUAGCAGGUCACUCCAGUCUCUGCCCACCUCCUCACAUUCUUUUGAACCAGACUGUCUGCGAAGAGCCGUCGGCCGCUCCACACUGGGAGGAGGCGGGGCCUCCCAGUCCAGCCUGAUGCGCGCCAGGAUGCACCUCUCCCUGCAGGAACAUCUGUGGGAGUUCUACCAAACCAGGGUCAACAUCCCUUCAGAGGAGCAGGCCACAGCCAGAAGGGCGGCGUUGGACAUCUGCGCUGAGCUCCGGGUCUUUCUUCACGCCAAGCUGCCCGACAUGCCGCUCAGAGAGAUGUACCUCAGCGGCAGUCUGUACGACGACCUUCAGGUGGUGACCGCUGACCACGCUCAGCUCAUGGUGCCUCUCGUCUUGGAAAAGAAUCUGUGGUCAUCCAUUCCAGGGGAGGACACUAUCAUGAACGUCCCAGGGUUCUGGCUUGUCCGCCGGGAGAACCUUGAGUACUUCCCUCGAGGCAGCAGCUACUGGGACCGCUGCAUGGUCGGCGGUUACCUUUCCCCCAAAGCGGUCCUGGAGGUCUUCGACAAGCUUGUCACCGGCUCCAUCAACUGGCCGGCUAUAGGGAGCGUGCUGGACUACAUAAUCCGCCCUGUUGUUCCCUCUGAGACGCUGACCCUGGAAGUCCAGUACGAGACGGACCGGAGGCUGUAUGUGGACUUUUUACCUCUGCUGGUGAUGGAGGAGGGAACCUCGCUGAUUGCCAAACCGCACCGUCUGUCCGCCGAGCGCAACAAGAACCUGUGGCGGCAGAGCUUCCGCGUGGCUGAAACGGCGCGGCUCAGGGCGCUCGAUCAGGAGGACGGGGGCUGCAGGUGCACCUGCCUCAAGGUGGCGAAGGCGGUGUGCAAACUCAACCCCGCCCUCCAACGGCUCAACUCCAGCCAGCUCACCAACACCAUCCUGCUGCUGAGCGAGAAGGAAGGCGACUGGACGCACGACGCGCUGGCGGACCGCUUCCUCCAGCUGCUGCGAGCGCUGGUGGGACACCUAGAGGCCGGGAGGCUACCAUGCGCACUCAGUCCCAAAGUUAAUUUAUUCUGUGAGCUGACUGAACAGGAAGUAGACGAGUUGGGGUAUACUCUCUACUGCGCCCUCUCAGAUCCAGAGGGGCUGCUGAGAACUGCAGUGGAGCAGCCUUAAACUCAAACUACUAGUAAAAUGCCAACCUUUUUUUUUUUCUCUCUCUGGGGGUCAAAUAUUCAUCAGUCGAUUGAGGCUCCAGGAGAAAAAAAACCUGCAUGGAAAAGUCACUUCUUUUUGUUUUUAUCACUUCUUAGAACAUCAGUGAGUAACAGUGACGCAGUAGCAGACUGUUUCACCUCAUGGCUGUGUCCUUUGUUGUUCAGAUAUCCUCAGCUCAGUGGAAGGAUUCCAUAAAGCCAUUGUAUUAAUGAAGUUUAGCUUGUUGUUCUCUAUGGAGUUCAGGCAGAUGAAACUCGUAGGGCUCUACUAUUCAUUACGAAGAUAAACGCACCAAAUCAGCUUUAUCUUACCCCCAUUCUGAGAAGCAGGUCUAUUUAAAGAAGUCCACAGUUACUAAGCCUCCUGUCUGUUUUUAAUCUAGGCUCAUAAGACUGAAUAUCAUGUUGAAUUGUGUUUGUGCCGGUCCAAGAUGUAAUAAAAUUGCUAAUCUGCCUUAAAGAGUCAGCAUUCUGUAACUUAAGAAGUGUGUUUUGCGGAUGUUACUCUUGGGUUUUUAAAAAUAUUUCACGAAGAUGAGCCCAACAAAAAGGAAAUAUAACUUUCAUUAAUACAGUGGCUUAUGUCCUUGUUACAUUAUUUUGUGUUAAAGUCCCUGGCAA